AUGGGUGGAAAGGACGCCAAUACCGGUCUUUCCAGGAGCGCCUCGCGUGACGUUGGCGCCUCGGCCGGCAUCCACUCCUCAGCACGAAGCAGCACCGGCAACCCCUUCUAUCGCCAGUUUUUGCCAUCCCUGCUGUCCAACAUCUCGCCCAAUGACGCGAUACCGUCGCUCGACGAGCUUUCAGCGCUUGCCAAGCAUCUCGAGAGGAUCAAGGCCGAGUCUUCCGCGCGUCUAGCGCGUCUCGAGACGCGUUCGUCAGAUCCUUUUAAGCCGAUCUUCUUCUCAGCUCCCAACGACCUCUUCAGUCCUCCUGGCUUGCCUAGCGGUCCUGCCAAUCUCUACUCGGACUCUUCAAGGCAGGCUUCUUCUGCCGGCUCCGCUUUCGCCUCGAUUUCAAAGUACCAGAAAGCGCGCGAGCGCUCCUUUGCAUCCCCAGCUCCUUCCGCUUCCGGCGCCAACGUCGGUGGAUCCACCAGCACUACUGCUGCAGGUGGGGCCUUUGCUUCCAAGAACAAGGUCAAGAUCAAACGGGAGAGGGACAACGACAGCGCGCCGGCGUCGUCGCUCUACUCGGAUGUACGAUCACCAAGCAACGCAGCCAGCAAGGCUAACGCGCGCAGCAAAGCGGCUCGGGCACACAGCUUCGAUGUCGGAGGCGAUGACGAGAGCGUCGUAUCGACAGAUCCGGAGUGGGACCUCGAUGAAGACAUGCCGAGCCGUCCUGGGCGCACAUACGCCAAGAACAAGAAGCGCAGACGCAAGGAUGUCGAUGCCGACUCGAACGAGGACGAAUCUGGAUCCGAAUUCGAAGCGGGCGCCCUUCUCGGUGCCGCAGGCUCGUCACGAAACGCCGCCACCUCCAAGCACGUUGGCUCGUCUGCUUCCGCGUCCGCAGCCCGGACAGCAGCUGCUGUUCCAGGCUCCAUCUCUCGCAGAGGAUCCGAAGUCGACACUUCGUCUGGCGGUGUCGCCACUCCCAAAAUCCCCGCCAUCGGCAUGCGUCUCAAAGCCAAUGCGGCCUCUCAAAACGCACCAGGCUUUCCGCGCAAAGCUUCGGAUGCGACCCAGGUGUCGACGCGACGCAACAGCGUCCUGCCCUCGCCUUCGCCGCUGCCUUCGACUCCCGCCCAUCUGAACGCAGCCAUGGUGGCGCCUGUGAUCUACCAGCCUGCGCCGGGAUGGGAGCUGCCAGCUCGUACUCCUGCCACAUUCAUGCCCAAACUCGAAAAGUCGCGCAAGCCAAGGGCCUAUCCCACCAAGCCGCAGCAGGUCAACGAGGACUUCGCCAACAAGGACUGGAAGGAAAAGGAGAGGGAGCGCGAUCGGCUUCUCGAGCGCGAGAGCAUCGGCCCAGGCACCCCAGGAGGACCCGGUCCCGGCCAGAGCAUGGUCAAGGAGGCCACGACCGGAAGGAGGGGCGGCAGAGAUCUGCAACAGACGCCCAUCCACACCUUCUACAACUAUGCAGACGCAUUCUUCAAGACCUUGACCGAGGACGAUCUCGCCUGGCUCUCGAGCAAGUCGGACGACCACGAGCCAUUCCAGAUGCCGGCGCUAGGUCGACACUACAAGCAGAUGUGGGAGGAGGAGGACGCUUUGAUCGCCAGCGGUGCCGUAGAUGCGUAUGGGAAUCCACUCUCGACGCUGUCGCGUUCGCCAUCCAUCAGCCUCGGCGUCGGCGGAGGCCUUCCGCUCGAUGCAUCAUUACUAGCAGCCUCGCGUUCGGGUGGAGCGGACGAGAGCAAGCUGGCUCAACGUCCGGAGCUCGAGAUUCCGCCGCCACCCUCGUUCCGGACCAAGCAGAUGACCGACGAGCAUCUUGGCUUGGAGUCGCCCGCUGUGGUCGACGCGCGCAGUGGACCGUUGGCCGAGCGUCUGGUAGCUUCCCUGCUACCACCUCGUCAGGACGCCGACGACGGAGACGCGAGCAGAGCGACGGGAUCUGCCGAUGACGGCGGAUCCGCACUCCCGAUGAACGUCCUGGCGCGCCUCAACGGACAUGCCAAACACGAAGACGAGACGGGCGAUGACGAAGAUGCCGACGGCGAGCCCGACCUGGAUAUGCAAGGGGUGGUGGCUGACCAGGACAUGGCGACUUUCGAGGAGCGGAUCGCCAAGGAGCUCAAGGCUAUCGAGGUGCUGGGUGCGGACGAGGCUCUUGACUGGUCUUCGCGCCAAGACGACGAGAUCUCAACGACGCUGAGGAUGGUGCAGCGCGAGCUGGCACGCCAGCAGAAAGUCAACGAGAUGCGCAAGGACCGGCUGUUCGGCAUCGCCAAGGAUCGCAUGGCGCACCAGGACUACCUCAAUUGCCUACACUCGCUGGAGAAGGAGAUCGAAGCGGGAUGGACCCGGAGACUGCGCCAGAUCAAGGCGAGCCUGGGCAAGCGCAAGAAGGGCGGCCACGCUGCGGCGUCGCAUCACGACGACCUGUCCCAGCCCGGCGCCAACGGCAUCCAGUCCGCCAGCGGCACGCCGCAGCCUGGAGGCGUGCCCUACAACGGCCCCGUGCGUCCGCAGCUGCCCGAGAACCUGGUGAGCGCAAUGGAGAAGCGCAAGAAGCUCCAGUUUGCGUUCAAGGAGCUCUUUGACGAGGCCAAGCAUGCAUGGCAGACGCCGACCGAGAGCGUCUAUGCAGAUCUGCACCUGGAUGCAAUCGAGUGA